AUGGUUGCUCAAAUUGCUGGUUCAAAGGUCCUCCUUCUGGGAUCAGGUUUCGUUACCAAGCCCACUGUUGAUAUUCUCGACAAGGCUGGUGUCGAGGUCAUCGUCGCCUGCCGUACCCUCGACAGCGCCCAGAAGCUCGCCGCCGGCUUCAAGCACACCAAGGCCAUCUCCCUCGAUGUGAGCGACGAUACCGCCCUUGACAAGGCCAUGGAGCCUGUUGACGUCGUUGUCUCCUUGAUUCCCUACACCUUCCACGCCACUGUCAUCAAGGCCGCUAUCCGUACUAAGACCAACGUUGUCACCACUAGUUACGUCUCCCCUGCUAUGAUGGAGCUUGAUGCCGAUGCCAAGAAUGCUGGUAUCACCGUUAUGAACGAGAUUGGUCUGGACCCUGGUAUCGACCACCUGUACGCUGUUAAGGCUAUCUCUGAGGCCCAUGCUGCUGGUGAGAAGGUCACUGGCUUUGUUUCAUUCUGCGCCUGCCCCCGAGGCCAGUGGAAACCCCCUGGGUUACAAGUUCUCCUGGAGCAGCCGGACGGCAAGCUCGUCGAUAUCGCCGGUCCUGAUCUCAUGGCCACCGCCAAGCCCUACUUCAUUCUCCCCGGUUUCGCUUUCGUCGGGUACCCCAACCGCGACUCCACCUCAUUCCGUGAGAGCUACGGCAUUCCCGAGGCUCAGACCGUUAUCCGCGGUACCCUCCGUUUCCAAGGUUUCCCCGAGUUCAUCAAGGUUCUCGUCGACACCGGUUUCCUGAAGGACGAGGCCAACCCCAUCUUCGAGGGAGCUUCUUCCUGGAAGGAGGCUACCCGUCAAUUCCUGGGUGCUGCCUCCUCCUCCGAGAAAGAUCUCGCUGCUGCCGUUGAGGCCAAGACCGCUUUCCCUAGCACCGAGGAGCGUGAUCGUAUUAUCAACGGUUUCCGCUGGAUCGGUCUCUUCUCUGAGGAGCCUAUCAUUGCUCGUGGUAACGCUCUUGAUACCCUCUGCGCUACCCUCGAGAAGAAGAUGCAGUACGAGGAGGGCGAGCGUGAUAUGGUCAUGCUGCAGCACAAGUUCGAGAUCGAGCUUAAGGAUGGCUCCAAGGAGACUCGUACCUCGACUCUCUGCGAGUACGGUAACCCUGCUGGUUACUCUGCUAUGGCUAAGCUUGUCGGUGUUCCCUGUGGUGUUGCCGUUAACCAGGUCCUGAACGGCACUCUCGCCACUAAGGGUGUUAUUGCUCCUAUGACCAUGGACAUCUGUGGUCCUCUCAUCAAGGAGCUGAAGGAGGAAUACGGCAUCGAGCUGAUCGAGCGUACUUUGUAA